UCAGUUUCAUUGCUGUUGUUAUAAGAGUGUGUAUUUCCAUUAACUAUAUUAUUACACAAAAAUGUCUCUAACAAUGAUAGGAGGUGUAAAAAUCCCCAUAGUGGGACUGGGAACAUGGCAGGCAACCAAUGAAGAAGAACUCGAAGCUGCCAUUGAAGCAGCUUUGGAAACUGGAUACCGCCACAUCGACACUGCAGCCGCAUACCAAAACGAACAUGUCAUCGGUAAAGUUCUAAAUAAAUGGUUGACUUCCGGUAAGCUUAAGAGGGAAGAUAUUUUCAUUACUACCAAGCUUCCAAUGACUCAUAUCCAUCCCGAUAUGGUUGAGUCGUCUCUGAAAGAAUCCUUACAAAAGCUUCAACUGGACUAUGUUGAUUUAUAUUUGGUGCAUUUCCCUGUACAUAUGAAACUUAUUGAAAUGGGAAAACCUAUGGAAACUUUACCUACGGAUCAUCUGGCUGUUUGGAAGAAAAUGGAAGAACAAGUAGACGCUAAGAGAACCAGAACCAUUGGUCUUUCCAACUUCAACGUAAACCAAAUCGACAGAAUCGUGAAAAAUUGUAGAAUUCAACCAGCCAACACUCAAGUGGAGUUGCAUGUAUACUUCCAGCAGAAAAAACUGAGAGAUUAUUGCAAGAAACACAACAUUGUCGUCGUGUCUUACGGCUCACUUGGAUCACCUGGAUUAAAAGUCUUGAUGAAAAAAUUCGGCAGCGAAGUCGAAAUUCCCAGUCUUCUUGCUGAUCCAGUGGUAACUAAAAUCGCAGAAAAACACAACAAAGCUACGAGCCAUGUGCUCUUAAGAUAUUUAACCCAAAAUGACAUCGUUGUUAUUCCCAAGAGUGUCAAACCAGAAAGGGUGAAGCAAAACUUUAAUUUCUUAGAUUUUACGCUUGACGCUCAAGACUUGAAAGCUUUGGAGGCAUUGGAUAAAGAUGUAGAUGGAAGGUUGUUCCACAUGGAUAUUUUAAGUCCUUCUCUUAAAGAUCACCCUGAAAAUCCAUACAAAAGCUGAAAACAUUGACGGAAAAAGAAACGAAGACAAGAACUGUGAGAAGGUUAAUUAGCGCUAUUUUACAUGCAAAAGUAAAAAAGUUGUGAAAGUAUUUAAAAAUAAAUUCUAAAAAUAUUCUUGGUUGUUUUCUUUCUGUCAUAA